GCAAGGACCUGACCAAUCAGUUCCUUUCCCUCGGCUCCUGUUGUGCCCACAUUGGCACAGCUCUUUGCCAAGGGGAGCCGGGUGGUUGCUCCCCCCCUCCUGCUUUCACUGUUUCCCCCUAUCUUUUCUUCCUGUCCUUCAUUAUCCCCCCCUUUUAUCAAGCAGAAAGAGCAAGGAAGCAGUGAAGGCUGGCCUUUGGGGGUGGGGUGGGUGGGUUGCUGUGACAAGUGCCACAGCCAAAGGAAAAGCAAAGCCCUUGCCAUGGAGAAACCCGGCUGCAAUUCAUCCCACAGCAAAAAGAAGAUCCAGCCGCUCCGGUACCUUAGCAGGGAAGAAGCAGAAGCCAUUGAGAAAGAACUCCUGGAAGAAUUCAGAUUUGGGCAGCAACAGCUGAUUGAGAUCUGGGGCCACGCAUGCGCCAUGGCGGUUGCCAAGGUUUUUCCUCUGCAUUCUCUGGUGAAGAAGCAGCCAACGCUGUUGGUGGUCUGUGGCUGUGAACAGAAUGGGGCAAUCGGCUUGGCCUGUGCGAGGCAUCUGCGUGUAUUUGAAUAUGAGCCGACGAUCUUCUACCCCAAGAGAUCCUCUAACCCUCUUUAUCGGGAUUUUACUACGCAGUGUGAGAAGAUGGACAUUCCUUUUCUUUUCCAUUCGCCCAUUGCAGAGGUCCAGCUCAUCAGUGAUGCAUACAACUUGGUGAUUGACGCCAUUCUGGGAGUGGAGGCUAAUCCGGCGAUAGUCGCAGAGCGUCGCCAGCCGCCCUGGCCACUCGUUAGCAAACCAAGGAACCCCCCCCCCGUCAGCCUGGACGCUUUCCCUCUGGGUGGGACGUGGAGACCGGCAGCAGCGAAGGAAUCAGUCCCGAUGUCCUUGUCUCGUUGGCCGCCCCCAAGCAAUGCGCCACCCGGUUCAUGGGCAAGCACCACCUGGUGGCUGGGCGUUUCCUCCCAUAUGAUGUGCAGAAGAAAUUCGAACUCAAUUUGCCGGAGUAUACUGGCACAGAGUGUGUGGUUUCUCUUUAAGGAUCUGGAGGCUCUGGCUGUCAAGCUGAGUUGGGUUCUCUUGCUCCCCAAACGACCCUCAGCUUGCAUAUUUGGGAUGGCGAGGUAGGCCGAAGUAUUAACCGUUCCAGUGCCAGGGGUGUCCAACUCUGGCACCCCAGAUGUUCAUGGACUACGAUUCCCAUCAGCCAAUUGGCCAUGCUGGCAGGGGCUGAUGGGAAUCGUAGUCCAUGAACAUCUGGGGCGCCAGAGUUGGACACCCCUGGUAGACUUUGGAAUAUUCUAUAGUUGGAGGAGGAUAAAGGAAAUGCUUUUUUUCUGUUAUGUAAAUCAGGCAAAGACUGAGUCUGGGUACUUGUGGUCUGCUUCAGGUGAGGGCUCUGGUUUUAAAAUAAAUUAUCAGAUUCCUGUAUAAAUGCAUUUUAAAAUAGCUUUUAUGAUUCCCAUUAAAGUUUCUGCCCAUGUUUUACA